AUGCUCUUUACCAUGCAAUUCACCACUCGAUCCACCGUGGCCUCGCCCGAGCAGCAGCACCAACACCAACAGCGCAGUAUCUCGUACUCGGAUAUCGAACUUGGUCUUGAGCGCAUCAGCUCUCGCGACAGCAAUGGCAGCUCCAACUUUACGCACAGAGCCUAUCCUCCACCGCUAUCUCAGCAAUAUGACGACACAUCCACCAACUCCUUUCAUUCAUCGCAGCCAGACAUCACAGCCUCUUCUUCAACUUUGUCGUCUCGCCUCGUGAGCGCCAACUACUCCCGUCCUCGGUUCGAGCAUGCGCACACUCAACCACCCACACCCGACCAAGACCGCUCCAGCUCCGGCUCCGGCUCCGGCUCCGGCUCUCGCUCCUACUUUCCCGCCAACUCGCAUUCCGACUCUUUGCCCGGUCCCAGCACUCAUAGCAUCAGCCCUUCCUUUGACGAGGACGAACUCCGUCAGAUCAUGUCGCACAUUCCAGCUAACCAAGCCACGUCCAGCUCGGAUGGCGAUGUAGGCAAGGCCGUCCAGUCUGCCAACCAUCAGGACAUCAGUCCGUUCCUCUUCCAGAGCGAGAACGCAGCUCCCUUUUCCUCCUCCCACUCCAACCGUACCAGUGUCAAUCCAUCCGCAGCCUCGACCGCCAGCCCGUCGACUUCGGCGGCAACCAGGACACGUCCGCGCGGGGGCACCAACGCCUCGCAGUACAACACCCUAGACACUAGCUUCGGUAGCAUCGAUCGGCCUGGCCUUUCUUCUUCCCGCUCUCAGUAUUCAUUGCGCCCACAGACCCCACCCUCGGCGUCCACUUCCACUAGCACUCUCAACGGCUCCAAGGACACGCACGCUUCUGCCGUCAAGAAGACGCGCAAUCCGUUCGGCUUUCUCAAAAAGAAGUCCUCGGCCCACUCAAAUGCUUCCUCGAAUCACCCCACGCGCCACGACAUCGGCUCGGUCUCUUCGCUCUCGUCGCGCUACGGUCCCAACGCGGCGGCCAACGUCAAUCCGAUGCGCCCACCUGCCUGGCUCGAUAAUCACUGCACACUUGCCAACUCCAACUCGCCUUCUUCGGCUUCGCUGCGCUCUCACUACCACCAGCCUCCUGCCUCUUCGAAUCCCCCUCCUUGGCAGAACCCCCUCGUGUCUCGUGCAGACUCGACUCCUUCCGCCAUGAGUCUCGAAGAUGAGGUCGAGGCUGAGCAUCAUCUCAAGAAGGACCCUCGCAAGCGCAUCAAAGGCGUUCGCCAUCACCUUGCAAAGACCACCAAGCCCGGCGAGGACGCCGACUCGGCACGCGACCCUGCCUUUGCAGCCCAGAGCCAGUCCAUCGAACAAGAGGUCGAACUCUCGUUGGACAUGAACUUUGACCAGCUCGAUGACUUUGUCGACACCAACGCAGCGCGCCAGCGGCUCCAGGGCUCGAUCACUGAGUCUGCCAGUCCUUCCGAGCAUCGCUCACCAAACGGAAGCGAAGCCGGCGUGUAUCGCUCGCCAUCCCCUUCCCAGACUCCCAUUGCCGAACGCCAGACUUCGGUCACUUCUACCGUCGAAUCUCCCUCGCACGCCUCGGAAGCCUCGCUCGCACCCUCGGGCUCUCUGCGAACCCCGAGUCGCACUACUGCGUCUACCUCUACCUCGUCCGCUUCCACCGUACUCAGCGACCGUCUUCCUUCGCAGGUCAACAUGCUUCCUCGCAAUAGCGUCCCCAGGCUCAGCCUAGCCGAGAUGCAAAACUACCAGUCGCUCCGUAAACUCUCGAACAACCUCAUCGACAUGUCCCAGACGCAAAACCCUUCCGCUAUGGGCGCAUCCUACCGCCGCGGAUCCAUCGCAGCCGCCCAAGCACCUGUCGACGCGCCUCAGCUAGGUGUCGCUCCUCGUACUGACUCUGAGCUCUCCGAUCGCAAGGACAGCGUAGUCUCUACCCACAGCAUGCGCUCCAACCAUAGCGGCAUCUCGCCCAAGACCUCAUACGCCAACCUGCCCAGUGUCAUUCAGGAGCGUCAGAAGCCGGCUACUGCACUUCCCUCCGCCGCGAAUUGGACAUCAUCCAUCACCAGAGACAAAACGGCCAAUGGACAUGCUGACCACGCCUACCAAUUUCCGCCCGCAACUGAGUAUCAGUCCAACUUGCUGCUCAGCGUGCGCAAGUCGAGUGCCAGCUCGGGGCAGGAGCCUAGCUCCAGCUGGAUGGCUCCCGACAGUUGGGCCGUACAACCGGACAAGAUGCGCGACUAUCUUCGCGACGAUAAUGUCGGCGAGGAGGAAGACGACGACGACGACCAGCACCAAGCCAGAGCCGCUUUGGCCACCGAUGGCAAGAGGCGCGGUUCCAGCUCCGGUAUCAGCUCGACGCAUGCAUCGAGCAUGUUCCGCACCUCAUCCACCGACCCUUUCAAGAAGACUGCCUCGCUUGCUGGCUCACGUCGCGGCACGGACGACUCGGUCGAUCCGCUCACCGCUUUGCCUCCAUUGCCAGGCUCCAAGUCGGUGGACGAGGCAGCAGCCAACAAGGUCGAUGUACUCCAGCAGACCAAUAAUCUCGCUCAAUCGGCUCUGGUGCAACAGCAGUCUCAAUCCCAGAACCACCACCAGCCCAGCCCCAACGUCCGUCCCACCUCGAGAGGCGGUGCUGGUGCCCACAUGUUUGCCUCCGCCGGCGCUUCCGCUGCAGCAGCUGCUGCGGGCAAGCUUGGUUUACAUCGUCCAUCUAAACAUCGUAUGAACGCGCGACCCAAUACCGCAGGCUCCGUUGGUGCGACCCGACCUUCCACCACCACGCUCGGCUCGACCCUCUCGGCAGAGGACGACACAAGCAUCAACGGCUCCAUCCGACGCGACGGCCAUCCGCUCAAGCGCUCCGCAACUGCCAACACGAACAACGCCACGGGAACUUUGCCUCGCAACCACUUCAUCCGCGUCUACAAGACGGACGGCACCUUUGCAACGCUCUCGUGCUCACUCGUCUCGACGGCAAACGAAGUACAGACAAUCCUCGCGCGCAAGAGCCUCACCACCGAAUCGGCCGCAUACAGGCUUUUUGUGCGGGACAAGGGCUCCGAGAGACCGCUGGGGAUCUCGGACAAGCCUUCUCAGCUCCAGCGUCGUCGUCUCAUUCAGGCAGGCUACACCGAGAACGAUGGCUUGGAAGAUAUGGGCAGAGACGAUUUGUCAUACCUGCUUCGCUUCGUCUUUCGCCCCGACAGUGUUCCCACCUUCGACUCGGAAUCCAUCGGCCACAGCGAGCACACAUUCCAGCAUCUCGAUCUGCACAGCCGCAAUCUCGAAAUGGUGCCCAUCUUUCUGUAUAAGCAUGCCGACUGGAUUGUUAGCCUCGAUCUGUCAGGCAAUCCCAUGUCUGAUCUUCCGCUCGACUUUGUACAGCUCUGUUCAAGCCUGCGAACUCUGCGACUCUCAAACUUGGCGCUCAAGCGCAUCCCGCAAAGUGUCCGGCACAGCGAAACCUUGACGCACCUCGACGUAUCCAACAAUCGAAUUGUCGAGCUCGCGCAUGUCAGUCUCGAUCUUAUUCCGGAGCUCAUGUCGCUCAAGGUGCAAAACAAUCGUCUCUUUGACUUGCCCUCAUACUUUUCCAGCAUCAGCACGCUGAGGAACCUCAACAUCUCUAACAACCGCUUUGAAGAAUUCCCCAAGGUCAUCUGCGACGUCCCUUCGCUGGUCGAUCUUGAUGUGUCAUUCAAUUCGAUCACUGAAUUGCCCGCCGAAAUCGCCAACCUCAUCAACUUAGAGCGCUUCAUCCUAGCCGGCAACGAGCUGGAAAAGCUGCCGGACAGCAUGAGCGAGCUCGUCAGCUUGCGCACCAUCGACCUGCGUCGUAACAAGGUGCAGGACGUUUCGUCGCUGCUUGGUCUUCCACGCCUUCAAAACAUCCAGGCCGAGAGCAACAACAUCAAGUCGUUUGAAGCUACACUGGGUCCGCAACUCACUCAGGUCGAGCUCGGUCGCAACCCACUCAGCAAGGUGCGCAUCGCUGCUCUCACCACGUGCGAUCUCACCUCGCUCGACCUGUCGUCGACCAACAUGACGCGGCUCGAGGAAGGUCUCUUCCCGCAGCUGCCUGCGCUCGUCAAGCUGACGCUCGAUGGCAAUCAGCUCGUUGUGCUGCCCGACACGCUCGGAGACUUGAAGCGACUCGAGAUGCUAUCAUGCAGCAACAAUCUGCUUGCUACCCUCCCCGAGUCGAUCGGUGAUCUCAAGGCGCUCAAGGAGCUGCUUGUGCACAACAACAACCUCAAAACGCUUCCACAGACCUUGUGGCUCUGCGAGAGCCUCGCACACAUCAAUCUCAGCUCCAACUUGCUCGAAUCGUUCCCAGCAGUGCCUGACAUUCGCACCGAUGCUUCCGUUGGAGAUGCGGCUGCAGCUGCCGGCACUUCGGCCGUUAUCGCUGCACGAAAGGGAUCUACAAGCUCGUCGCUGACGCACAGGUCUAACACUGGUGGCGCCAAUGGGAACAUCAAUCUCUCUACGCCCUCCGAGGUCUUUGUGGCGCCGCUCUCGCUCAGCCUGCAGAAGCUGCGUCUGGGAGACAAUCGUCUAGGCGAUGACGUUUUCAGUGUCCUGUCCGAGCUCACCUCGCUCGAGGUGCUCAACCUCAGCUUCAACGAGAUCUUUGAGAUUCCCGAUUUUAGUCUCCAGACGCUCACCAAGCUGCGUGAGCUAUACAUCAGUGGUAAUCAGCUUAGCACGAUUCCUUCCGACGAUCUUGUGGUGCUACAAGAGCUGCGCAUCCUCCACCUCAACUGCAACAAGCUCACUACUCUCCCCACCGAACUUGGCAAGCUCAAGAAGCUCGCCAACCUGGAUGUCGGUAAUAACGUGCUCAAGUACAACAUUGCCAAUUGGCAUUACGACUGGAACUGGAACAUGAACCCGGAGCUACGCUACCUCAACCUUUCCGGCAACACGCGUCUCGAGAUCAAGACCAAGCUGAGCGAUAUGGGCUUCACGCGCAAGUCCAACAUCUCGGACUUCAGCCGCUUAACCAGCUUGCGCAUGCUGGGUCUCAUGGAUGUCACAAUGCCAUUGCAUUCAAAUGCCACGCCGGAUGAGUCGGACAACCGCCGUGUGCGAACCUCGCUCUCGCAGGUCAACGGAAUGGCUUACGGAAUCGCCGACGCACUCGGCAAGCACGACAACUUGAGCGUCAUCGAUCUUGUGAUUCCAACAUUCCGUAAGGACGAAGGAGAGUGCAUUUUUGGUCUAUUUGACGGUAGGGGCCACGGUGCACAUGUUGGCAGCCGUAUCGCGCAUCACCUGGCCGAAUGGAGUGGACAUCGUCUAUCGUGGGAGUUCCAGAAGCACCAGAAUGAAAUGACCGCCGAACCUGUUUCGGUUCCGGAUGCGCUGCGCCGCGCCUUCCUACGCCUGCAGAAGGACUACGCCGACGCGCUCAUCAACGAUGGCAGCCGCAAGCUCUCUGAAGCACACGCAGAGGCGGCUGCGGAUGUGACGCGAAGCUCUGCGCCUGCGAUUGCGGCCGCCUCCAACAAGCAUGACUGGCGCGCCGGCGCUUCCGCGAUUUUAGCGUACGUGGUCGACCACACGCUCUACAUUGCUAAUGCGGGUGAUGCUCUGGCGGUCAUGUCGCGCAACGGUGGCACAGCACAUCUGAUCAGUAACAAGCACGAGCCGUUUGACCGUGCCGAGAUCGAGAGGAUUCGAUCGGCGGAAGGAUGGGUCUCGCUGCGUGGCUAUGUCAACGACAUGCUCGAUGUCUCGCGUUCGUUUGGCUACUUCCAUCUGUUCCCGAUUGUCAAUGCUGCACCUGCGGUGACGACGGUGCAGUUGACUGACUCGGAUGAAUUUGUGAUUAUCGCCAACCGCACGCUGUGGCAGUAUGUGUCGUACCAGACCGCGGUCGACAUUGCACGUACACAGCGAAACGAUCCUAUGAUUGCAGCGCAGAAGCUGCGAGAUUUUGCCAUCAGCUACGGUGCCGAGGAGAGCAUCAUGGUCAUGGUGAUCUCGGUGGGUGAUUUGUUCUAUCGUUCAGAUCAGCGUAACGGCGGUGGACUCAACUUUGCGUCGUACAAGAACAGCGACGCCAUCCAAAAGGCAGGACGUCGAUUCCGCGAGGAGCUGCCUGGCGAUCGCACGCUGGCGAGACUGGACCGUGAAGUGGCACCUCCCAUCGGACAGGUGGCGCUGGUGUUUACGGAUAUCAAGAACUCGACGUCGCUGUGGGAGACCAACAAUGGCAUGCAGACGGCGAUGCGAUUGCACAACUACCUGUUGCGACGACAGUUGCGCACUAUUGGGGGUUAUGAGGUCAAGACGGAAGGCGAUGCAUUUAUGGUUUCAUUCCCCUCGGUCAGUGCAGCUCUGCUGUGGUGUUUUACAGUACAGCAACAGCUGCUGCAAGAGGACUGGCCGCGCGAGAUCUUGGACAGCGAGGACGGCAAGGAGGUGUACGAUCAGUCGGGCGAACUCAUUCAUCGAGGUCUGUCGGUGCGCAUGGGCAUUCACUGGGGACGGCCAGUGUGUGAGGCGGAUCCGAUCACGAGACGAAUGGACUACUUUGGACCGAUGGUGAACCGUGCUGCUCGAAUCAGCGGUGCAGCCGAUGGCGGUCAGAUCUUGGCGAGCAAGGACGUAAUCAAGGAGCUGCAGGGCCUAUUGGGUACGUUUGACGAGUCGUCGACAGCCGGAGGUGCGGGCGGAGAAGGUGAAAAUCUAGAGAAGACCGAGGAGGAGCUAGACGAGGAUGCGUUCCGACUGCUCAACCCGAACGUCAGCCGCGAUGUGGUGCUGCUACGUAGGAUGGGUUUUGGUCUAUCGCAGCUGGGAGAGCGCAGACUCAAGGGUUUGGAGACGCCCGAGAUGCUGUGGCUUGUCUAUCCGAAGCAGUUAGCAGGACGUCUGGAGCAGGCCAAGACCGACGAUGCACCUGACGCACCCACGGCGCAAGUGUAUGAGCCGACAGUGCAGCUGCUAGAUAUCGAGGAUGUAAAGCAAGUGGGCAUGCUCUGCUUGCGACUCGAGUAUCUGUCCAACUCUACGGUCUGUCCUGGCAUCUUUGCUGCCAAGGAUGAAGCGGAUCGAUCGCAACCUUCGACGCCUCUGGACGAUAACGGACGGAAUCCGAUCGACGGCCACGGAACGGCGGUGCCCCUGCUGUCACACCAGGCGCGACGCAAAGGGGUUGAGGCGAUGUUGACGAUGCAUCCCGAGCUGCUCAUCUACAGCAUCCGAGACGAUGCGACGGAUGAAGAGUUGGCGGGCAUCUUGGAUCAGCUGACGACGCGGAUCCAGAACGCCGUGUCUUCGCUCAUGCUGAAUAUGUUGCGGGACAAGACGGCCAACGGUACCAAGGAACUUGGCGUGGAUCCUGGGGUGCUCGAGUUGUUGAUGGGCUUGCUUUCACAGCCGCCUCCGCGAGCGUCAACGUCGGCGUUGAGUUUGCCCAGCCCACGGACGAGCCCUCGCAACAGGCUGUUGGAGCUGGUUCCCUAG